GAUGUGCUGGCGUUGACACUAUAUCUCUUGUUGCUCGAAUAUUGCAUAGAUCUAAAGCUCAUCUUCAAUCGAUGCUUCUACAAAAUAAUGCAGCUAUAGUUGAAGAUUUCUAUGCGCAUUUGGUGGAUGCUGUACCAGAUCUCACAGAGCAUAUUCAUAGGACAACUGCUAGAUUACUUCUUCAUAUUAACGGGUAUGUUGAUAGGAUUGCUAAUGCUAAAUGGGAAGUAAAAGAGCUUGGACUGGAGCACAACGGGUAUGUUGAUUUGUUGUUGGGAGAAUUUAAGCAUUAUAGAACGAGGCUUGCUCAUGGAGGAAUUCAUAAGGAGGUUCAAGACCUCCUCCUAGAAUAUGGACUUGAGAAUGUUGCUGAGACUCUCAUUGAAGGACUAUCGCGGGUGAAAAAGUGUACUGAUGAAGGACGGGCUCUUAUGUCAUUAGAUCUUCAGGUUUUAAUCAAUGGCCUUCAACACUUUGUCUCUGCAAAUGUGAAGCCGAAGUUGCAAAUAGUUGAAAUUUUCAUCAAGGCAUACUAUCUUCCAGAAACUGAAUAUGUUCACUGGGCACGGGCUCAUCCGGAAUACAGUAAAAAUCAAAUAGUGGGGCUGAUCAACCUCGUAGCCACAGUGAGAGGUUGGAAGAGAAAAACCAGGUUGGAAGUACUAGAAAAGAUCGAGUGAACCGGAAUUUAGCUUCCAUCAACACCAUAUAAAGUCCCAAGUAGAUAAGAUCUGGCGUUUUCCUAAUUAUUUGGUGAUAGAAUCUUGCAUUUUGGUAAUUAAUUUGUUCUUUUUUGUGUGAGUUAUGUAUAUUUGGAUAGUGUCUCUCAUCUCCCUUAUUAUUAUGUAGAGUGAACAUUUCGAGGUUGUAAAUCUUGUGACAUCUCAAUUUGUAAUAUAUGAUCUUCCCUUCAAGGGAACCCCAAAAUGUAAUUUUGGAUCACAUUAUACGUGAAAUAAUGAGGUUACAUUAAAAGAGUAAAAUUUCAAUU